UUCUUGGGGGAAAUUUGAUCGGAUACCACGGUUUAACACACAAGCCAAAUAGACACGAUGGGAGUGGUAAUAUGGCGGCCAGGAAGUACUUUGGUCACGUGACCUGACGUGCGGGAACUUCGAACUGAGAAGGAAGCGGAUUCAUUUCCGGCGGAGUGUUUAAAGUAACAAUAACAACAUGCCGUUCGGGACAUGUGUGAGUUUGGUGGGUUAUAUUUUACCAUCAAAGACAGUCGAGGUGGAUGAAGACUCCGAAAGCGCUGAAGGAGAGGAAGAGCCAGUGCCCGAGUUUCUGGAUCUGAAGGAAAUGGAGUGUGUUUCUGCUGGAGGGUUCAUGUUUACUCCGUCUGUCCCUGCGGCGGCUGAAGUGGAUUUCAUGUUUCAUGGGAAGAAAGUACGCGUUAAGGGCCGAUUUCCUCUCAGGAACAUAUGGUGGGAGAUCUCCUGCAGUGCCAGGAAACAAGACCAUAAACUGGUGGUCGUCGGCUACCCUUCCUACAAACUCCGGACAGACCUGAAAAAUGACUGGUGCACAAUCAUCUCUCUCUUCCUGCAUGAGUGUGAUGUGGACGACUCUUUUACCACUAAAUUCAUGGAGUGGCUGCCAAAGGACAGAUAUGUGGACCUUGGAAAUGUAGAGGAAGCUGUGCACAAAUUUGGAGAGAUAAACCAAGAGACAAGGAAAGCAGCUGAUUAUGUCAAGAUUAAGAUUUCUAAAUCAGAUGUAGCUUUUCAUAUAAGAGCUGCCACCGUCUAUCCUUAUAUCAUGAAGUACCUGCCGACGUUGCUGCCGAGGCAGUUUUUAAAUCUGCUCAACAAAGGGAAAGAGGAGGAGGAGGAGGAGAAGAAGAAACAGCAGUCUCAAAGUGAUGAUGAAAACAUGGAGGCUUCUCCAGAGAAAUAUGAUACGAGUCCCUUGUUAGACAGACUGGAGGAGCUCAUCAAGACUGAAGUGUGGAAGUUUGGCUUUUGUGACAUCAUGAAUAAAGAGUUACAGUUAGUCAGAUGUGAGACUAAACUGAAUGACUUUCAGUCCUGUGAGUUAUUCAACAAAAUGACUCAUGAGCAGCAAAAUGCCCUGAAGAUGUACAAUGAACUUAAAGCAUACUGCUGGCGGUUUGGCCACACCUACAUUGACCGGAAGGUUCUGGAGAUGAAGAUGAAGAAGGUGCAUAAGGUGAUUCAGGAAGAAAGCACUUGGGAAGCCUUGGCCUUCCUCCGCAAGCAUGAAGUGCUGAAUGGAGAAAAGGAGAAGAUUGCCCUGAGGAACUUCUAUGAGUAUGAGAAGGAAAUUGCUGAAUGUCUCUGCCAGCUAAUGGAGGGGGAACCCUGGGAAAUUGAUCUGGAUGUCAGGAAGGUUCUCCAAUCAGAUAUGCAGUCAGAUGGGCCCAUGCAUGAAGAAUCUAAGGCCACCUCUAUGAAGUUAGACCCUGAGCAGGUGCGAGCAGCAGAGAUGAUGUGUGCCAAUGCUGUGACUGUGAUCAGUGGAAAGGGGGGCUGUGGUAAGACCACCGUGGUCAGUAGGAUCUUUAAAGCUGCCAUGGAGCAACAGAAGAAGAAUGGAGAGAAUUAUGACAGCACCUCAGAGGAGGGUGAGCAGAAAGAGAAUGACGACAAGCCAGUGGAGAUUCUUCUUACUGCUCCCACAGGUAGAGCUGCCUCACUACUGACCCAGAAAACCUGCUUCACAGCUUAUACCAUACAUCAGGUCCUGUGGAGUUACAGGCUUAGAAAAAAAAGCCAAAGUGGGAAACAAUUUCAAUGGAAGUUUGCCAAAGUCCGAGUGCUGGUGGUGGAUGAGGGCAGUCUUGUGUGUGUGCAGCUCCUUUCCUCCAUCCUGUCACUGCUCACCAAACAUGCACAACUACAAAAGUUCAUAAUUCUGGGAGACAUAAAGCAGCUGCCCAGCAUUGCACCAGGAAAUGUCCUCAACGACCUCUUUACCAGUCUAAAGAAGGUGAACUGGGCCAUUGAAAUGCUCACCAACCACCGUGCUGAAUCGGAGCUCAUUGUCAAAAAUGCUGGAUUAAUAGCAGACAUGGGUGUUAGUAAAAAGUUUCACCAACUAAACUAUGAUGCCACUGUGGAACUGGGUAAAACAUUCACACUGCCAUCGCCUGAAAUGAGCUUCAUUGAGAUCCGUCUUCCAGAAAAUGAGAAGGAUGAUGAUUUUCAGAACUCUAUAAAGCGUUUGCUGGCAGGCCCAGUGCCAGGGCUUAAGGAUGAUGCAUCUUCACAAUUUAUUGCCUUCAAGAGGAGCGAAUGUGAUCUGAUUAAUGAGCUUUGCUGCAAGCAUUACUCCAACCACAACACCAAGACUUAUAAGAACAAAAUGGACUUUCAGAUUGGCGAUAAAGUAUGUUGUACAAGGAAUGGCUAUGUGACCGACAAAGACAAAGAAGAUGAACCCAAAGACAAGGUGGAUGAUAUGGAUGGAACCAAAAGUAAAAAAGAACGAUUGUGCAAUGGGGAGAUUUUCUUUAUUACACAGGAUGUGACUUUUGAGGAAGACGGUGCACGGAAACGCAGUAAACGGAGGUACGUGACUCUAGAUAACAAGCAGGGCAAACAGCUGACUGUUGAAUACAGGGAGCUAAUGAAAGAGUGUAAACUGCGGCAUGCCUGGGCUCGAACCAUUCACACUUUUCAGGGCUCAGAGGAAAAGACUAUAGUCUAUGUUCUUGGCAGUAACAAAUUUCAAACUUGGAAACACGUUUAUACUGCAGUCACACGGGGUCGGACACGUGUGUAUGUCAUAGCAAAAAAGGAAUGGCUUGAGGAGGCCAUCCGAAGACCUGACAUCAAACGCAACACGCGACUAGAAGGCCGUGUGGUGGACUUACUCUCUGCUUUAGGAAUGGUAGAGAGAAAUUUUCUCAGUCAGUCUCAAUUCAGCUCACCAAGGCGAGGUUCUGGAUUUCAGACUUUUCAGUCUACUAAUAAGCCAUCAUCGAGCCCUGGUCCAUCCCAAGCUUACCCUGGAAUGAUGAAUUCGAAGGAUGUGACCUCUGAAAACCUGACUGACAUUGGUAGCAGGUUUGGCAGCCUCAUUUCUCCCAAGUCAGCAAGUCCAAGUCCAUGUAAGCGAGAGAGAAUCACAGACGACUGCACCAAAGCAUCCAAACAAAUCAAGUUGGAAACACCACAGGCCUGCUCCCAGCUCCAGUCACUGUCUCUUAACAGCGUCACUCCCAAACGACUUUUCUCAGAAGCUCCUCAGUCGGACCAGGACCAGUGAUUGCAUGAGCAAGAAAGGGCAGGAAGAGCCUGCCAAAAGACCUUAUUUGUUUAGACAUGCUGAAGGUCAGAGUGGGACUUUGUGUGCAUUGCAGCAUUGAAGGUGAUUCACCUUUUAACUAGAUAUAGAUCUGGGAGAGUACAGAAUGCCUUCUGUAUUUUUGUAGAGGUGUGUGUUACUUGCAUAUCAAAUAUCGCAAGUCAAACAGUAAUAUUUCAUAUUCAUAGUGAUUUCAGUGCAGAUUAAUGAUUCUCAAGAUAACAUUUCAAAUGUUUAACGUCUCUAUUUUAGUUCAGUUUUCAUAUCAUGCAUGCUGUAGUGAUUAUAGCAUGUCAUUGUUUAUGUUUCUGAUAGUUUGCAUACAAAUACUUGCUACUGCUUUACAGUCUAAAGUGAACAAAUCAUGGAAGAAGCUUGCAUAUAUAUGAACACAACCUAUAAUCGUGAAACUGCAUCAUUGUUGAUCUUUCAAUUUGGGAAACAACUUGACCUGCUUCUACCUGCUUCGAAUCAUUGCAUGUGUACAUCAAUGUUAAUGUACAUUGAAAUAAAAAUCC